AUGGAGCCGGAAACUCUAUGGGUAAAGGUUAUUACUUCUAUUCAUGCUAGUAACAGAAAAGUAGAAUUGAUACCGUUUAAAAAAUCUAUGUCGGGAGUAUGGAAAAAUAUUGGUGAAAUAGUGAAGGAUUUUACGAAAAACAAUAUCAAUAUCAACACAAAUCUGAGAAGUAUAGUGGGAUUGGGAGAUAAAACGUUAUUUUGGAUUGACACUUGGUUAGGCAACGAACCGUUGAAAGUGCAAUUCCCUAACCUAUAUCUGUUAGCCGUAAAGAAAAAAUCAUUGGUACUGGAAAAUUAUAAAAUACUGAAUGGGGGAAGAAUGUGGGAUUGGGUAUGGCUAAGAGCACCAACAAGUGAGGCAGAAAAACAAGAAAUGGAUAACCUCAUGGGGCGUCUACAAAUCAGUGAGCAUCAAGAGUUUAGCGUGAAGAACGUUAAGUCCUCAUUAGGCCAGCGGUUAGACUUAAAUUCUGCAGCGUACGUGUUUAGCUGGAACAAUUGGGUAACCGGAAAGUGUACAACGUUUGUGUGGCGUGCGAUUGAAGAGAAGAUAGCUUCAGCAGUGGCACUCAGAAACAGAGGAAUGAAUCUGCCAGAUAUAAUUUGCAAAACAUGUGGAGCUGCCGAGGAAUCUGCAGUUCAUAUCCCACUUAGGUGUAAUUUUGCAAAAAGAACCUGGGAGUCGGUGACGAACUGGUUGAAAAUCCCGAUGGUGAAUGUAGAAGGAAGUCUAAAAGAUCUAUUGUUGGAGAUGAACGAAAUUCAGCGAAGUAAAGGUGUGCGGAAAGCGAUUUAUGCAGUUGCAAUUCAAACAAUGUGGAUUCUGUGGAAAACCAGGAACGAGAGAGUCUUUAAAGGUAGGCAAGGCAAGGUUCAGACGGUCUUAGAAGAAAUAAAGGAGGCAUCUUAUCCAGGUGUGAAGCUGAGGUCAAAACACGGUUCGAUAACAAGACAGGAAUGGUGGGAUUUUAACAUAUAA